AGAGAAAGAGUGCAGUGUGAAUAAACCUCCAUUGAUGGAUUUCUCUCCUCCUCCUCUUCCUCUUCCUCAUCCUCCUCCUCCUCCUCCUCCUCCUCCUUCUCCUCCUCCUGUCUGCGCUGAUCAGAGCGUCUGAUCCUCUGCGGGACUGAGCGACCCACAUCACACUGCUCAGGAGUCAAACUGUGGACUAGCAGAUCUCUAAACACUCAACACGCUCCAACACCGAACUCUAAAACACUGCGGCUGAACUCCUCAACAUGGUCCGGAUAAAGAAGCAGAAGUGACUGAAGAAAAGCUGAAACGAGAUCAUGAACCCUUUUACAAGGUGCUCUGAGUGCUGUAUUAAAUGCCUGAGCGGGAUUCCCUACGCCUCUCUCAUCGCCACCAUCCUGCUCUACGCCGGCGUGGCGCUCUUCUGCGGCUGCGGGCAUGAGGCUCUCUCUGGCACCGUCACCAUCCUGCAGAACUAUUUCGAGAUGAUCCGAACAGCCGAAACCCUGGACGUCUUUACCAUGAUUGAUAUCCUGAAGUAUGUGAUCUACGGCGUGGCUGCAGCGUUUUUCGUCUACGGGAUCCUGCUCAUGGUCGAGGGCUUUUUCACCACUGGGGCAAUCCGCGACCUCUAUGGAGAUUUCAAGAUCACGACCUGUGGCCGCUGCGUGAGCGCCUGGUUCAUCAUGUUGACCUACAUCUUCAUGCUGGCCUGGCUGGGCGUGACGGCCUUCACCUCUCUGCCAGUCUUCAUGUACUUCAACAUAUGGAACAUCUGCCAGAACAUGACAGUGGCCGAAGGAACCAACGUGUGCUUCGAUCUGCGCCAGUUUGGAAUUGUAACCGCUAGUGACGAGAAGAAAAUCUGCACCAACACAGAAAUGUUCAAAAAGAUGUGUGCUUCUGACGAGCUGGAUCUGACGUUCCACUUGUUCGUCUGUGCUCUGGCGGGGGCAGGAGCGGCCGUCAUCGCCAUGGUGCACUACCUGAUGGUCCUGGCGGCGAACUGGGCCUACGUGAAGGACGCGUGCCGCAUGCAGAAGUAUGAAGACAUCAAGAGCAAGGAGGAGCAGGAGCUACACGAUAUCCACUCCACUCGCUCCAAAGAGCGCCUCAACGCCUACACAUAAACCACACACACACACACACACACACACACACACACACACACACACACACACAAUCCCAAGCAUGCCCCUUCCCUUCCCUGAACAACACACACACACACACAUAAGCACACAUAUAUGUAAACACAUGUAAUGAUUUGAUUGGUUAGAGGAUCAGCACCAGGAUGGACUUACACACACUUGUAUUAUGUUUUCGUAUCACUUUUAUUAUUAUUUUUUGCUUUUGAAUGUUUCCAUGACCUUCUCUCUUUUCGUUUCCACCUUGUCUGUUAUUUUGUUGGCUCUUAUCCGUCAACGUUGCUGUCGAAAUAUGCACAGAUCCGCAUCCGAUUCGUGACGCUAUCAUACAGCAUCAAAAUCAGUCGUGAUUUAAGCAAAAUGAAUCGGCUUCAGCUGUGUGAACGCGAGCUCCUCCCACUAGCCCCUUAUUUGCAUGUCAUAUGCAUACGGCACUCCCCCAUUUACCCUCAUGUACAUUUAAUUUGCAUGAAACACACCUCUUUUUACACAGGUAAAAUGAAUCAAACUAGCUUUUUAAACUGAGGAUGUGUUGCUGGAUAAUAUAGUAUGCAUAAUAAAUAUAUCAUUCCGGUUAAUUCCAUUACGUAAACUCAAAGGAGUUACAUAUUAAAUGUAAUAUUUAAUGGAUAAUAAAAUGAUCAUAAUGACCCAAAUCUAUAUCAUGUGGUUUAGAAUUAUAACGAUUUGAAAAUUAUUAUUAUUAUUAUUAUUAUUAUUAUUAUUAUUAUUAAUUGUGCAUAUAUGCCAAAGAUGAAAUCUGAUGAAUGAUCAAGUGAGGGAAUUUGCAUAAAGUUUUUUUUUCUUUUAACGAUCAGUUUAGAUCGUAAGCAACGUUGAUGAAUAAGAGCCAUUCGUCUUUAAAGACACGGAUAUCACACGCCAACGACAUGUCAAACUAAUGUUUAUAUACAUGUCGAGCUUGUAAUUAUCCAGAUCUGUUUUCAGAGGAAAGAGGAUUAUGAUAUGUCAUGUCUGACAAGAUCAGAAGAUUAGCCACACUGCUAGCUACACUAUGAUUGAUACUUCUCCAGGUAUAAAUAAUACAUGUUUAACAUUUUUAACCUCAGUAUGUGAACUUUAAACUUACUGGAAGAAGAAGAAGAAGAAAAAAAAAAAGUGCUAAAUAGACACAGAAAGCUAGCUGGCUACGAAUGCUAACAUCUAGCUCCUCGGUGUUAUGUUAGCGCCGUUAAUUUGACUUUAACAGUGCUAAUGUGUUGUGUUUUUUUCCACAGUAACUUGCUCAGUAUUUCUCAGAAAGGAGAAAACAAAUAAAUCAAUAUAUAUAUAUAUAUUUUUUUUAUAAAUAAAACACGUCAGCGCUAAACAUCG